CCCCCUUUGAAAAACCGGUAAGGAAACUUGAUUUUUUUUUCCUUCCUUUCUUGUUCAAGAGCCAGAUUUAAAGCUUGGAAAUCUUUCCCCCUCUGUAGAAUUUCUGGAUCUGCUCUACUUUGUUCCUUCUGUCUGCUGCUCUUGCUUUGUGGGUGUGAUUUCUCUGGUUUUUGGGUUAGAAACAGCAGCUAAUCCCUUUCUUCUCCCUUGAUUUGACUUGGUUUACUCUAAUUUUUCUUGGUUCCUUCCAAUUUUUGGGUAGAUCCCGAAUUUCUCCCUGCACUUCCCGCUGGCCCUCCCCAAUCUGCAACUCCGGUUUGUUUGCUGAAAAUUCCUGGUAUGUAAUAGCUCCAUUUAAGUCCAAAUUAUCCAUUUAAAUUGCUGCCUGUGCUGUCCGAAAUUCUGCAGUAAUUAGGGGAUAAUUUCGGUAGCUUUAGGACAAAAUUUAAGCAUUAAUUCAAGUGGAAUUUAUGUGAUUGAGUGUUAAUUGACUGCUGUGAGAUUUUGGAGAAAAAUCCCGUGAGAUUAACUAUGUUUUUGCCAAUUUAUGGAAGUUGCAGUUACUGUUUACUACGUAGUUAGUGUUCAUAAGUACUGUUCACAGAUUCUUGAUUGUUCUGUCACCCCAGCGCUUGGAGUGAAUUUUCUGUGUUAUGUGAUUGAGGUAAAUAAAUUAUGGUAACGCCCUCCGAUUUUAAAGCACAUUUUAGUUUGUUUUUGAAGUGGUGGCGGGACUAAACCCGUUUUACACAAGUAUGAUUGAUUUGAAAUGAAAUUAUUAUUCUUUUUAUUGAUUUGAGCAAGCCUUCUUGGAGUUUACUUAACUACCCUGAUAAUCUGGAAAUUAUUUGUAAAUUAUGAUUUUUCUGUUAAUUUUUGCCUGUUUUGUCUCCGAUAUGGUCAUCUUAUUCGUGUGCCCGUUAGUGGGAGGUUUAUAAAUAUUAGCACAUGUCGACAUGUUACUGAUAGAACCGGUUUGUUUCUAUUAUUCUGAAAUCCUGCUAGUGGGAUUAUACACUAGUAAAUCGUGUGCCUGCCAAUGGGAGGUUUAUAACACUGGCCAUGACCUAUAGAGGAGAUGUCUAUUUCGUUUCCGUAAUCAUACAUGUUUUUCGUGAUUAUACUGGCUGGCAUGUUAUAAGUUUAAUUAAGAGCUAUCCAUAUUUUUACUUAUUGAGCUAUCUCAUAGUUUUUCAUUGUUCACCAUUUCACGAAGCGAAGUCAAGGACGGGGAAAAACGAGGGGAGUGACAAGUUAGAUGGCUAGCUAUUGUAAUUGGAUAUGAAAUUUUAGAUAUAAAUUAUGAUCUUGUAA